AUGGAGCAACAACAACGGAUGCAGCUAGGCGUUGGGCCACAGCUGAGGCCACGUUGUAACAUUACUGAGUUUAAGAAGAUAGCCUUGGCAUUUGAUGGAGCCACCGACCCUUUGGAGGCUGAAAAAUGGUUGGCAGAAAUGGAAAAGUUGUUUCCCAUUUUUGAGUGUAUGGAUGAUCAGAAGGUGACCUAUGCUGCGUUUAUGCUACAAGGGAUAGCUAAUGAUUGGUGGCAAAUGGAGAAGCGCAUACAUGAGCAUGAUGCCAACCCAUAUACAUGGGAAAUGUUUAAGAAUGCAUUUAGUGAGAAAUACUUCCCUAGGAGUGUUCCUCUACAAAAACAGAGGGAAUUUUUGAAGUUGGAGCAAGGGAAUAAGACAAUUGUAGAAUAUGAAGCCGAGUUGAUGAAGUUGUCUAAAUUUGCACCAGCAUUUGUAGCAGACAAGGAUAGCAGAGCACGAAAGUUCGAAGGUGGGCUAAGAACGGACAUUAUGCAAUAG